AGGUAGUUGAAGCGAAAUGAAAAACAAACGUAACUUAACUUCAAGGCAAUGGAGACCCUGCAACCAACAUACCAUCCCCAUCAGAAAACUACAACCCCCCCCCCCCCCCUCUAUUAAAAGGAACUCUUAACGUUGCUACCUUCACUAUCCUAAUCCUCUCUGUGUUCUGCACCAUGCAAGCCAGUGCCGGUCUAGUAGCCGGUUCUCACAACCGCAAUGAGCUCGUCGUCAUCCACGGCCAUGAAGAGCCGAAGUUUUUAAAGGAUAUGACAUGUCAAGUUUGUGAAAUAUGUGGUGACGAAAUCGGCCUCACAGUGGAUGGAGAUUUGUUUGUAGCAUGUAACGAGUGCGGCUUUCCGGUAUGCCGAACAUGCUACGAGUAUGAACGAAGAGAAGGCAGCCAGAACUGCCCACAAUGCAAAACCAGAUACAAACGUCUAAGAGGCAGUCCAAGGGUUGAAGGAGACGAUGAUGAGGAAGAUGUGGAUGACAUUGAGCAUGAGUUCAACAUCGACGAUGAACAAAACAAGAACAACAACAACAUUCCAGAAUCAAUGCUUCAUGGGAAGAUGAGUUAUGGCCGAGGACAUGAUGAUGGUGAUGCUCAUUAUGGAACGGAUGAUCGUGGGGAUCAGAUGUUAUCAUCACUUCAUAAACGGGUGCAUACAUAUGGGUCGGCUGAGUUUGGAAGUGGAAGAUGGGAUGAAAAGAAAGACGGCGGGUGGAAAGAACGAAUGGACGAAUGGAAAGCGCAGCAAGGGAAUCUCGGGGCUGAAUUUGAUGAUUCGGUUGAUCCCGAUAUGGCAAUGUUAGAUGAAGCAAGACAACCACUUUCAAGGAAAGUACCAAUUGCAUCCAGCAAGAUCAAUCCUUAUCGGAUGGUGAUUGUGGCUCGGCUUUUUAUCUUGGCUAUCUUUCUUCGGUAUAGACUCUUGAACCCUGUGCAUGAUGCGUUCGGGUUAUGGUUGACUUCUGUUAUCUGUGAGAUCUGGUUUGCUGUCUCAUGGAUCCUCGAUCAGUUCCCCAAAUGGUUCCCAAUUGAUCGUGAGACUUAUCUUGAUCGCCUUUCUCUAAGGUAUGAGAGGGAAGGUGAACCGAAUAUGUUGUGCCCGGUGGAUGUAUUUGUGAGUACGGUGGAUCCAUUGAAGGAACCACCCCUUGUUACCGCGAACACAAUUUUAUCAAUCCUAGCUAUGGACUACCCUGUUGACAAAAUAUCAUGUUACAUAUCUGAUGAUGGAGCUUCAAUGCUUACUUUUGAAUCACUAUCAGAAACCGCAGAAUUUGCACGAAAAUGGGUUCCAUUUUGUAAGAAAUUUACCAUAGAGCCACGAGCACCGGAGAUGUACUUCUCUGACAAAAUCGACUAUCUAAAGGAUAAAGUUCAACCCACAUUUGUCAAGGAACGUCGAGCUAUGAAGAGAGAAUAUGAAGAAUUCAAGGUUCGGAUCAAUGCACUUGUCGCAAAAGCUAUGAAAGCGCCUGCGGAAGGUUGGAUCAUGCAAGACGGGACACCAUGGCCUGGGAAUAACACGAAAGAUCACCCAGGGAUGAUUCAAGUCUUUCUCGGUCAAAACGGUGGGACGGAUGUUGAAGGAAACGAGCUUCCUCGUCUUGUAUAUGUUUCCCGAGAAAAGAGGCCCGGUUUUCAACAUCACAAGAAGGCCGGUGCUAUGAAUGCCCUGGUCCGGGUCUCAGGAGUUCUAACAAACGCUCCAUUUAUGUUGAACUUGGAUUGCGAUCAUUACCUGAACAACAGCAAGGCGGCACGAGAGGCAAUGUGUUUCUUAAUGGAUCCGCAGAUAGGAAGAAAGGUUUGUUAUGUUCAGUUUCCACAAAGGUUUGACGGCAUAGAUAGACACGAUCGGUAUGCCAACCGGAACACUGUUUUCUUUGAUAUUAACAUGAAAGGUCUAGAUGGAAUUCAAGGGCCAGUAUAUGUCGGGACAGGAUGUGUUUUCAGAAGACAAGCGUUAUAUGGUUACGAUCCACCAAAGGGUCCAAAAAGGCCGAAAAUGGUAAGUUGUGAUUGCUGCCCUUGUUUUGGGCGUCGAAAGAAGAAUCCAAAGUAUGGAAAACAUGGAUCGGGUGGGAAUGUAGAAAACAUCCAAGGAUACGAUGAUGAUAAGGAACUAAUGAAGUCUCAAAUGAACUUUGAACAAAGGUUUGGACAAUCGGCUAUCUUUGUUACUUCGACAUUAAUGGUUGAUGGUGGAGUUCCACCGUCCUCAAGCCCAGCCUCGCUUCUCAAAGAAGCGAUUCACGUAAUCAGUUGUGGGUAUGAAGACAAAACCGAAUGGGGUCUAGAGUUGGGCUGGAUUUACGGGUCAAUCACAGAGGAUAUUCUAACGGGUUUCAAGAUGCAUUGUCGUGGAUGGAGGUCUAUAUAUUGUAUGCCAAAAAGAGCUGCAUUUAAAGGGUCAGCUCCUAUUAAUCUAUCGGAUCGUCUUAACCAAGUUCUGCGUUGGGCUCUUGGUUCGGUUGAGAUCUUCUUCAGUCGACAUAGCCCGCUUUUGUAUGGUUACAAAGGAGGUAAUCUCAAGUGGCUCGAGAGGUUAUCUUACGUAAACACAACGGUUUAUCCCUUCACUUCUCUUGCACUUCUUGCUUACUGUACCCUCCCUGCCAUUUGCUUGCUCACCGGGAAGUUUAUCAUGCCAGAGAUAAGCACCAUGGCAAGUCUCUUCUUCAUUUCUCUUUUCCUCUCGAUUUUCGCAACUGGCAUUCUCGAACUGCGAUGGAGUGGAGUCAGCAUCGAAGAAUGGUGGAGAAACGAGCAGUUUUGGGUGAUAGGUGGUGUAUCCGCUCAUCUGUUUGCCGUUAUACAAGGUCUACUAAAAGUUUUGGCAGGAAUAGACACCAACUUCACAGUCACAUCAAAAGCAUCAGACGAUGAGGAAUUCGGGGAGUUAUACGCGUUCAAAUGGACAACACUACUCAUCCCUCCAACCACUAUCCUAAUCAUUAACAUGGUUGGGGUCGUGGCAGGAGUUUCGGACGCUAUAAACAACGGUUACCAAUCAUGGGGACCUUUGUUUGGGAAACUAUUCUUUGCAUUUUGGGUGAUUGUCCAUCUUUACCCGUUCCUUAAAGGUCUUAUGGGAAAGCAAAACAGGACACCGACUAUCGUGGUCAUAUGGUCCAUACUUCUUGCUUCUAUCUUCUCGUUGCUUUGGGUCCGAAUCGACCCGUUUGUGUUGAAAACCAAAGGGCCUGAUGUCAAGCAAUGUGGACUCAAUUGCUGAAAUUCUUUCCUCUAUUUACCUUUCCUCAUUUUUUUUUUCUAAAUUUCAUAGUCAAAAGUUUUGAUCAGAUGAUGAUUUGUAAUAAGUUGUCUGUAUUAAGGCUAUGAGUAGCUGCAUCAAGAAUACUUUCAAGUUUUUAUACAGUAUCCAGUGUUGUAAAAAUCA